AUAUCGCACCAAACCAGAAAAAACUCAUUCCUUUUCUGCAUUAACUCUUCGAUUUGGCACAGGAAAAACAGAGCUCUGCAUUUACUCUUCGGUUUGGUACUAUGGUUCUGAUACGGGAGUUGGAACAUCGAGUUGUGGCGGUGCAGAUUGGCCACUGGGAACGUGAUGCUAUCGGGAAAUGGAGGUUCGAGCAAGAUCCGAAUGAGAGACAACGCAACAUGAGGCUCCGUGAAGGCGAUGGCAUAGAUACGAUCACCACUAUGCUAAAACAGGAGUACAACAUCAGCGACGUGGAGACCCGCCUAAAGCUGACUUUCCGUUGGCCAUCGUGGAUGCUUCUAGUCGAUGACGGGACGACUAGACCUCAGACCAUCAAGACGGACAACGAUAUGGACCUCUUCCUGUCCAUGAAAGUCGAUGUCGCUGACCUCAUUCUGUUCGUAACCAGAAAGAACGACGCCGGAGUUGUAACGGAAUCACCUACGCUCUCCAACAGUGCGGGUUCGUCGUCCCAGCCUCAAUCAGCGACAUUGAUACACGAAGAUUACGUCGUAGUUGAACUUCCAUCUUCAGACUCGGAUGAUAACUCUGGUGAUAGCAAGAGACCCGACCCCUGGAACGAGAGGCUUGAUGGUUUGAUGAGUAAAAAAAUCUCCAACCUAGAGGUUGGCUCCGCCUCAACAGUUCCCAGCUACGCUGACGAAGAGAACACUUUCUUUGGCGUAGACUUAUCGAUGGGGGUAUUUGGCAGGGACGCAGCUCCGGUCCUGGACAACAACAUAGAUGGAGGAAACACAGUUGUCGACCAAGCUAUAGACGAUGCAACGUACGAGGGAGAUGACAUAUUCGUGGGUCGGGUUUAUAAAAACAAGGAGGACUUCAAGUUCAAAAUGGCCAUCCAUGCACUUCAAAGGAAGUUCCAUUUUCGUCACACCCGGUCAGACAAGAAAGUGGUCCUCCUCAACUGUGUUGCCGACAGCUGCCCCUGGCGGGUGUAUGUCGUCCGACUUGAAGACUCGGACAACUACCAAGUCCGUAGUGCUUGUCUGGAACACACUUGCAGCGUUGAAGCCCGUAGUAACUACCACAAACAAGCUUCCGCCAGAGUUGUGGGUGAGUUCAUGAGGCCGCAAUACAUGGGUGCUGGGACCGGACCAAGACCAGGGGACGUUAUAGUCAUAGACGGUGCGCAUCUGAGAGGAAAUUACGGUGGUUGCGUGAUCACAGCGAGCGCCCAAGAUGGAAACUUUCAAAUUUUCCCGGUGGCUUUUGGAAUCGUGGACAGUGAAAACGAUAGGGCUUGGGAGUGGUUCCUGACAAUGUUAAGGCAAAUACUACCCAAUGAUCCAACUGUUACUUUCGUCUCAGACAGGCAUUCUUCCAUCUACUCGUCUCUCAGGAAGGUUUUCCCAAAUGCAGCACACGCGGCAUGCGUAGUCCACUUGCAACGUAAUAUCUCAAGCAUUUUCAAGGCGAAGACUCUUUCUUUCUUGGUGUCGAGGGCCGCACGGGCAUACCGUAUCACGGACUUCCACCUAGUGUUUGGAGAGAUUUGCCGGGUAUCCCCCGAAUGUGGAGCAUAUCUCAAGUCAAUCGGGUUUGGCCACUGGGCAAGAUCCUACUUCGUUGGAGAACGCUAUAAUGUGAUGACAAGUAAUGUGGCUGAGUCUCUCAAUGCCGUUCUCAAAGAAGCUCGAGAGUUUCCAAUUGUCUACAUCGUUGAGUUUGUGCGUAAAACUCUCAUGUCUUGGUUCGCAAUACGUCGGGAGACUGCAAAACAGGAGGCUACUAUGCUGACACCAAAGGUAAGAGAAAUCUUACAAGAAAACUUUGAGAAAUCUGGGGGGUUCGCCGUGAGGAAGGUUAACACGGGGGAAUACGAUGUUGUCGGAGGGGCAAAGGGGGGAUACCAUGUCCAGCUAGCUCUGAGAUCAUGCACUUGCAGGGAAUUCAAUUUUCUCAAAAUCCCUUGUCCCCAUGCCGUUGCUGCUGCUAUCGUUGAUCAGCGUGCUACAGGUAGAAAUAACGCUUCUAUAUGUCAGGUUCCGAUGCAUUCUCUCGUUGAUGUACACUACACCUCAUGUUAUUGGGUGAUGGCUUACAAGGAUUCCAUUAAUCCCGUUCCGGCGCUCUCUAGUCUUCACGAACUCCCGGAGGAUAUUGCUUCAAUGAACUUGCUGCCACCUCACACGAAGCGCGCACCAGGGAGGCCAAAGAAAAAACGCUUCUUCUCACGCGGAGAGUUUCAGAAGAAAGGGCUGCGAGGACAGAAUGUUUGCUCAAGAUGCAAGGCUAAGGGGCACAACAGGGCCACUUGCCGCAUGCCCAUAUAGAAAUAUCUAGACCAACCAUCCUUGAUAAAGAAAGGUGGAAUUCUCCGCAACGAGUUCGAGGUUGCGCUGGCCGAAGGACAACCAGAAGCACACUAUUUAGAGGGCCUCCGGAUUGCGUGUUGGGAAAAUGAUAUUAAGGCUGCCCGGGAACACAUCUUUAAAGCUCUAAAUCACGUUGAGGAAUCAACAUUCCUUAUGGCAGUCUUGUCCAUUUGUUCAGGAGAGGAAGAGCUUGCCAAUUUAUACGCAUCAAAACUAUACAAGAAAGAUUGGGGAUCCGUCCUAGCCAUGGGCGACUCAAUAUUUGCGAAAAUUAAACAAAUGGGAAGCCUCCACCUUAACUCAUACGCCAAUUCAUGGCACACAGAAAUACCAGGUUGUUCUGAAAUUCACACCAUCGAAGCAAGUUCGAGUGUUCAAGAUGGAGGACGUGUGAAUCGUGGGUUUCCUACGAAGUGUCACUGCGGGCGAGAGCUCGUCAUCUAUACAUCAAGCACGAAGAAGAACCCAGGAAGACCUUUCUUCCGUUGUCCAACCAAUCAAGAUGACCAUUUGUUUAAAUGGGUCGAAGAUUGUGUGUACGAGGAGGUUGUAGAUGUUAUACCGAAGAUUUCCAUCAUUGAUAGCGAGGUAAACAAUGCCAAAUCUGAGGUAGCAUUGGAGAUUGCAGAGUUAAAGAGUUUGAUGAACGAAUUGAAGGAAGAUGGAAUUUUGAGCAAAAAGGAAUUUCAGAGAUGGAAAUUGAUGACCAAAUUGUGCUUGGUGAGCCUUUGUAUAACAGUCAUUGCAAUUGUUAUCUUAAUGUUCCGUAAGACCAAAAACCAGAAACUUGUUCUUGGUUACUAGUGUAGUUAGGUAGUUUGGUGGUUUCUCUUCUUUUUUUUGUUUGUUUGUGUUUUGUCUAACUUUGUAAUGAACAAAAUGAAAUGAGAAUUUUAAA